AUGAGACUCAUCAAACUUAUCGCUGUAGUGUCACUAACUCAAGUCGCAACAGCGUUGAAGACCCGCCUGAAUGGCUGGUACGUCUGCUCUGACUUAACUUUUUCGGAUGAAGGAAGUACCGGAGACCUGGUGGCUGAGUGUGCUAUGUACAAUGCACCACUGUGCUACCCUGGUAUCUGUGAUGCCUCCGAAGCAAGUGAAAAGACUAUCGAGAUUUUCGUGAAGCGCAUGCUCGCAGUGGAUGGAGAUAUCGAGAGCGCCACGAAUGUUUGGGUUCUUCAAGGCGGACCUGGCGACUCGUCCACUGCGAUGGAGUCUUUGAUGAUUGAUCUGCAUCAACAGCUUGACGGUGCAGUCAACGUAUACACGAUGGACCAUCGAGGCACAGGUCGCAGUACGUUUCUAGACUGUGUGGCGGCUCAAACGAUGACUACCGGUUCACCCGAGGGCUCAAAAAUCGACCCCUUUGAAGUGCCUGCGUGUGCACAAGACUUGCAGUUCAAGUAUGGAGAUCUGGCCUCUUUCUCGGUAACCAGUGCAGCUACAGAUCUCGCCACGUUCAUUGCCGACUUCACGAACGGAGCCAACACUACUGUAUACGGCGUGAGUUACGGUACUGCGCUAGUAGAACGCCUCAUUCAUCUCGACCCUCCGACAGUCACGGGAUAUGUUGUCGACAGUAUUGCGACUUCAUCUGGAGCUCCAGCAGACAAGUUUGAGUAUUUUUCGACCUGGAACAUCGACUUUGGUGACAUCGGAGACAGAUUCCUCGCGCUCUGUGAGCACAACAACGAAUGUGCUGCUCGUUUCGAGCCCAGAGGGCUUCAGAACACGCUCCAGGAUGUCCUUGCAGCGUUCGACAAUGACCCUAAUUCGACGUGUGCUUCGCUCAUGAACGAUGUCACAAGUGACUUACGGUACGAACCACCGUCGCUGAUCCUACGAGGAGCAUUGAGUGCAUUGUUGGGGCGAUCAACGUUGCGGAAGCUCAUCCCUCCGGUCGUGUACCGCUUGAAUCGCUGCACUCCCGAAGACGCUCAAGUGUUGACGUAUUUCAUCUCGAUUCUCAACGCAGAGAUAGUUUAUUCCAGUCAGGACGAUGCCUUUUACUCGCCGUUAUUGUAUUAUGUCAUCAUCUUCUCCGAGAUGUGGGAAUCGCCGUCCCCUUCGAUUGAAGAGAUGCGAGCUCGGUUUACUGACGCGCGUAUCUCGGACAGUGAAGUGUACAUGAACACGCCUUUAUACUGCGCGUUCUCCAAGGAGAACUCGACGGUGUGCAAGGAACUGAACGUGAGUAACUAUGUCGGCCAGGGCAUCAUCUACGAACAUGACGAGUACUGGAACACAAGUGCCAGAAUCCCUGCACAAGCCAGUGUUUUACUGUUGAACGGAAAGCUGGAUCCCAUGACAUCGUACAAGUACGCAGAGUACUUACUGGAAGCUCUUGAUGGGGACAGUAAGGAGUUGAUCACGUUCGAGUAUUCAGUCCACGACACGAUUUCUUCCACUGCUCUGGUAGUAGAUGGCGAUCAUACAUGCGGACUGGAUCUGCUUGUCUCACCAGCCCGAGUUCAACCUCACUGCGCCGUCUGA